AUGUGUACAGCCAAUUCUUCGUGCCAGAUGUCGAUCUGUGAUGGUGACCAGGUGUUUGAUUCUCAGAUGCCUACUUGCCAAUGUCAGGAAGGAACUAAAUGUCCCAUAGACAAGGGCACAGUUCCUGAGCAGACCGUUAUCAGACAUAUUGGAACGAAACAUGAUUCUCCCCUUCUUGUGCUAAAAUACUGCAAACCCCUUUACACGGAGAAGAUGCGAAUCUGCGAGAAAAACGAAGUGACCAUGAGCUUCCAAGGAUCGUCUCUCAUUUUGUCCAACGUAGCCAAUGUCUACUGCCGCUGUCCAGAACAUGGGCCGAUCUUCCUAUCUUCCUCAAUCACCAAAGGCGUCACUAAGAACGAAAACUAUACCUGCUUUAUGCCAACAUGUGACGUUUCGGACAUUAACCACUCGUGCAGUCGGGAGACCGUGAGGAAUAUCAUAAAUGUCCAACGCAACGACACCUGUCGAUGCCCAAAGAACCACACUUGCAAGCUGGCUCAAAAGACCUUGAGCACGAUUCGCCAGUUCCAGUGUCAGCCAGACUCCCAUUCGGUGUAG